AUGCGGCAUCCAUUUUGGGGCCGCAAUGGUGAAACAUAUGGAGAAGAUCCCUACCUGACGGGAGAACUGGCAGCUGCCUUUGUUCGUGGUUUGGCAGGCUACCGUCGACCAAGAGGAUAUUAUAUGCUCAAACAAAGCCAGUCUAGCUUAGAUUCACACGCACCACAGGAUAGCAUCAUGGAUGGAAUGACUGUCGGUGAUGGCAUCAACGAAGCCAGAAGAGGUAUAUCGGAACAAGUGCUGCUUGCAUCAGCCACAUGUAAGCAUUUCGCCAUACAUAAUGGCCCUGAGGAUUAUCCAGUAUCGAGGCUCUCAUUCCAAGCGAAUGUGACACUUACCGAUGUUUGGCUUACAUAUCUUCCAGCAUUUUAUAAAUGUCUGUCAGCAGGCGCCGCUGGAGGAAUGUGCGCCUACAGUGGGAUUAACGGGACGCCGGAUUGCGUAAACAAAUGGCUUCUAAAAGAUGUACUCAGAAAGCAAUGGGACUUUCAAGGUGAGAGUAAAGGCCUUAGCCUUAAAUAA